UUCUCCGCCGCUGCUGCUGCUGCUCCCCCUGCCUCUCUCGCCGGAGCGAGAGAACUUCUGGCAAGAUGACUGUGGAGAACCAGGACGUGCUACUCGAGGUGGAACAAGAAGGCGAAGACGACGAAGGGGAGGGAGACGAAGAGGAUGGGGAAAUUGUAUUGGAAGAAGUGCAGCAAACUAUUUUCCCCAACUAUGGAACAGCAUCUAACCAGCAAGCUCUUCAUACUCCAGAAUGGACCGAGUUUAAUCAGAAUCCUGAUUCCUUACACUUUAAUGAUGGGCAAAGAAGAAUUGAUUUUGUUUUGGUGUAUGAAGAUGAAAGCAAAAAGGAAAAUCGAAAGAGGAGCUUUAAUAAAAAGCAAAAGCGGAAAAGAGAAGUGUAUGAGUCUAACUUGAUAAUCCGUGGUUUGCAGCUGGAAGCAACAAGGUCGGUCUUGGAUGAAAAGAUAAUCUUUGUAAAAGUGCAUGCGCCUUGGGAAGUGCUGUGCACAUAUGCGGAGAUUAUGCAUAUCCAUCUGCCUCUGCAGCCCAAUGACCUGAAGGCCCGGGACUCUCCAUUUAGCUGGAUAACAAGAUUCUUCAGAGUGAAUGAAAAUGUCAUCAAACCAGAGAAGGAGUAUUUUACAGCUCCAUUUGAAAAUGACCGUUUGUCAGACUUUUACAUUCAGGACAAAAGCACAUUCUUCAAUCCAGCAACAAGAAGUCGGAUAGUUCACUUUAUUCUUUGCCGUGGGGAAUAUGCAGUAAAGGACAACGUGAAAAAGUUCGGCAUCAAUAAGCUACUUGAUUCUGGGAUCUACAAAGCAGCUUUUCCACUCCAUGAUUGCAGGUUCAAUUACCUGUCCCAGGAUCCCAGCUGCCCCAGUGAGCGGUUCCUGCUGUACAGAGAGUGGGCACAUCCUCGAAACAUUUUCAAAUUGCAACCCUUACAUUUCGUCAGAAAAUACUAUGGUGAGAAAAUUGGGAUCUACUUUGCUUGGUUGGGUUUCUAUACUCAGAUGCUACUCCUGGCAGCAGUGGUUGGACUUGGAUGCUUUUUGUAUGGAUAUUUGACAAAAGACAACUGUACUUGGAGCCAAGAGGUGUGUGACCCUAACAUAGGCGGCAACAUUAUCAUGUGCCCACAGUGUGAUCAGGAAUGUACAUACUGGAACCUCAACAUCACCUGUGGAUCAUCUAAGAAGCUGUGUAUAUUUGAUAGCUUUGGAACACUAGUGUUCGCAGUAUUUAUGGGAGUAUGGGUUACUUUAUUUCUAGAAUUUUGGAAACGACGGCAGGCAGAGCUGGAAUAUGAAUGGGACACUGUGGAGUUCUUAGAGCAAGAAGAGCAAGUGCGCCCGGAGUAUGAGGCGCGAUGCCAUCAUGUUGUUGUGAAUGAAAUCACGCAGCAAGAAGAGCACGUCCCGUAUACGACCUGUGGAAAGUGUGUACGGAUGACCUUCUGUACAAGCGCUGUCCUUUUCUGGAUCUUGCUCAUUAUCGCCUCAGUGAUUGGCAUAAUUGUAUACAGGCUGUCUGUGUUUCUAGUGUUUUCAGCAACGCUCCCAAAGCACAUUAAUGGGACAGAAGCAAUCCAGAAGUAUCUAACUCCACAGGCAGCAACUUCAGUCUCUGCUUCCAUCAUUAGCUUCAUAAUCAUUAUGAUUCUGAACAUGAUCUAUGAGAAAGUAGCAAUCAUGAUUACUGACUUUGAGCUACCAAGGACACAGACCGAUUACGAAAACAGCCUGACCAUGAAGAUGUUCUUAUUCCAAUUUGUCAACUAUUAUUCUUCAUGCUUCUAUAUUGCAUUUUUUAAGGGGAAAUUUGUAGGUUACCCCGGUGACCCAGUUUAUUGGCUUGGAAAAUACAGGAACGAAGAGUGUGAUCCAGGUGGCUGUCUUCUAGAACUUACAACACAGCUGACAAUAGUAAUGGGAGGCAAAGCAAUUUGGAAUAACAUUCAAGAAGUGCUUCUUCCAUGGCUUAAGAAUCUGAUUGGAAGAUGUUGCACGACUGCUCGAUCGGAAAAGAUUGUCCCACGCUGGGAACAGGACUACCACCUGCAACCAAUUGGCAAGCUUGGAUUGUUUUAUGAGUACCUUGAAAUGGUUAUACAGUUUGGAUUUGUCACCUUAUUUGUGGCAUCAUUUCCACUGGCACCCCUUUUGGCUCUUAUUAACAAUUUGCUGGAAAUACGUGUGGACGCCUGGAAGAUUACAACACAGUUCAGGCGUAUGGUUCCUCAGAAAGCUCAGGACAUAGGAGCAUGGCAGCCAAUCAUGCAAGGAAUAGCCAUUAUUGCUGUGGUCACAAAUGCAAUGAUCAUUGCUUUUACAUCGGAUAUGAUUCCCCGCCUGGUUUAUUACUGGUCAUUUUCAGUCCCUCCCUAUGGGGAUCACAGCAGUUAUACCAUGAAGGGGUACAUAAACAACACACUUUCAGUCUUUGCUGUAUCAGACUUCAGAAAUGAAAGCAAGCCAGACUUUCCCUCAUUUGAGAAUCAAACAACUUGCAGGUACCGGGAUUUUCGAUAUCCUCCUGGACAUAAACAUCAGUAUGAACACAAUAUCUAUUACUGGCAUGUUAUUGCAGCCAAAUUAUCUUUCAUCAUUGUCAUGGAGCAUAUCAUCUAUUUUGUGAAGUUUGUCAUUUCCUACGCCAUUCCUGAUGUGUCACAUAAAACGAAGAGCAAAAUUAAGCGACAGAAAUAUCUAACACAGAUACUUCUUCAUGAGAAUCCUCUGAAGUCUAUGAAGAAAAAUAUGGGGAGCAUCGCCGAUAGAAUAUUAAAAGGAGCAGAUGGCAGUUUCCGUCCUAAAUCUGAGUAAAAGCUUUACAUGCUGAUGGUGUCCUACCCUGUGGAAUUGCUACUGAGAUGUGAAUGGUUCAACGAAAAAAAAGAAGAAGAACCGGUCCAGAGACUUGAUAGAAUAAUGACAAGGGAAGAAGCUAAUAUUUAGAAAUCAAUUUACCCAAGUACUUGUUAUGGGCUGUUAAACAUACAAGAGUUUAAUCUAAAAUUGUGCAAUGUGCCUUCAAGCUAUAGGUCAUUUGAUCUGCUAUUAAGUUCCAACAACACUUCAGAAAUCAAACCGAGUCCUAAAAAUGGUACUGACUCAAUGUACAGUUUUUGAAUACUUUGAUCAGCAUAUCGACUGUCAUCAGUAGUCCUGUGCAGACAGUCAGUCUGGUAAGAAAUAUGCAUGAGAGGACCAGAAUUGUGCCUUCAUAUACCCCCUUCCUCCCACCUUAAUGCCUUGAUGGAUCCAUGCACUUAGAUCUUAAGUAUGUUGGGUGUACAUGAGCAUGUCUAAUGAAAAGAUUAUGAUCACUGCAUUGAACUGGGGGUACAGCCAGCAGGCAUGAGCCAGAGUAUCUUUAAUGGAGGUUUAUGAAGAAAUUUACAUUUUAUUUCUUAAAAUAACUGAUGUGAAAAUAGUCUCUUAUGAUUGCAAGCUCUGUGAAGCUUGGUGCAGUCAUCAAAACUGCAGAAAGAUAUAUUGAAAAACUUCCAAUUACAGUGUUUUAAGGUUGACUGACACACUGGAGCACUUUUUGCUUUUGCCACGUGUCUUCAUCCACAACAGCAGGGAGAAAAGUGCAUGUACACCAGCUAAGACCUUGAGACAGCUGCAGUAGUUCUUGGAAAAUAGGGGAAAACAGAGCUACAGUCACUGAAAUAAUAGCAGAGUGUUCCUGUGAACCAUCCUGUUCAGGUUCGCUUUGGCUUUGUAUAUGAACACCAAGGAUUUUCAAGUCCUCCUUUCCAGCUGUACCUUUGCCUGCUCUCCGCCCCCUCCCCCCCUCCAUAAAUAUGUUGUGAAAUGGGGAUAGUCUAUGAUUGUCCUUACUUCUCUGAGCCCUUCUUCAGAUGUAGAAGGGAAGAGAUGUGCAACAUUAGCCUCUGUAAUGGGUAG